AACUGUCCGGACGCCCCGUGGCGUGUCCGCCCAGCCGGCGUAGCUGGGAGCGGCAGGAGCCGCCCGUCCGGCCGUCCGGCCGGCCCACUGACCGGCCUUGGUGACGAGAAGAGUCCCGCUGCCGGCGGCCACAGCCCCGCUCAGCGCCGCACUAUAUAAGCGGCGUCCACUGGUGGAACGGCAGCACACUCUCACACUCUCACCGUCCGUCUCACCAUGGCGGCUCGUCUGGUCGUAUUGGGUUUGCUGGUCGCUGGCUGCCAGUGCUGGAAGCUCCCGGUCGUCAACCAGGGACGCCGGGCCCAGUACUACACGCAGCAGAACGACGGCUCCUACAGCUACGGCUUCGACACCGCCGAGGGCCUCUACCAGGCCCAGGAGGGCGAUGACGUCAACGAGGUGCGCGGAAAGUUCGGUGCCGAUGGCGGCAGCGUCGAGUACACUGCCGGCGUCAACGGCUACGUGGUGACGUCUCUCAAGGAGCCUAGUGCUCCCUCCACCAGGACCUACGUGAGCAAGACCCCCGUCCGCUACGCCACACUGGAGGAGCUGGCUACGCACCCUGAGCAGGUAGAGGACACUGCCGAGGUCAAGGCUGCCAAGGCCACCUUCAGGGCCACCUACGAUGCCCUGGCUGCCGCUGCUGAGGCUGCCCCGGAUACCAACAUCAUCACUGGACCUGCCCCUGCUGCUCCCGUCCACUCUGUUACGUACAGCGCUCCUGCUCCUCAGCCCGUCUACCUGGCUCCGGCCCCCGUGGCCAUCAAGUACUCGGGACCCGCUGCGCCUCUGGAUGCCUCUGGAAAGGUUGAUGACACCGCUGAGGUCAAGGCCGCCAAGGCUUCCUUCAAGGCUGCCUACGACGCCGCUGCCGCUGCUGCCGCCGCUGCUCCCGAUGUCAACAUCAUCACUGGCGCUGUCCCCGUUGCCACCUACAGCGCCCCGGCCCCUGCUCCCGUGGCCAUCAAGUACCAGGGUCCUGGUGCGCCUCUGGAUGCCUCCGGCAACGUUGACGACACCGCUGAGGUCAAGGCUGCCAAGGCCACCUUCAAGGCUACUUACGAUGCUCUAGCCGCUGCUGCCGAGGCUGCUCCUGAUGUGAACAUCAUCACUGGCCCUGCCCCUGCUGCUCCCAUCCACUCUGUUACGUACAGCGCUCCUGCUCCUCAGCAGGUCUACCUGGCUCCGGCCCCCGUGGCCAUCAAGUACUCGGGACCUGCCGCGCCUCUGGAUGCCUCUGGCAACGUCGAUGACACCGCCGAGGUCAAGGCCGCCAAGGCUUCCUUCAAGGCUGCGUACGACGCCGCCGCCGCCGCUGCCGCCGCUGCCCCCGACGAUGACAUCAUCACUGCGUCCAGCCCCGUGAUCACCUAUGGAGGCCAGCAGGCUGCAGCUGCCGGCUUCGAGUCCACCGAUGGUUCGUACGAGUUCUCUUACACCACUGGUGACAGCUCCCGCUACGAAUCUGCCGACGCUGCCCUAAACGUCAACGGCAACUUCGAGUUCGUUGCUGACGAUGCCCAGAGAAGGCGUGUCGACUACAAGGCUGGCGCCGACACUGGCUUCAUCGCCAGCGGUGCUCAUCUGCCGGCGUCUGUGCAGGACACUGCUGAGGUGGCUUCUGCCAAGGCUGCCUUCAGGAGCGCCUACCACGCUGCGGCUGCUGCUGCCGAGGCUGCCCCGGAUACUGGUAUCAUCACUGGCCCUGCCCCUGCUGUCGCCAUCAACGCUGCCACCUACAGCGCCCCUGCCACUCAGCCGGCCUACAUUGCCCCGGCCCCCGUGGCCAUCAAGUAUUCCGGACCUGCUGCGCCCCUGGAUGCCUCUGGCAACGUCGAUGACACCGCCGAGGUUAAGGCCGCCAAGGCCGCUUUCAGGGCUGCCUACGACGCUGCCGCUGCUGCUGCUGCGGCUGCUCCCGACACCAACAUCAUUAUGGGCGGAGUCCCCUUCGUGGCCAGCAACGUUGCUACCUACAGUGCUCCGGUCGCUGCCCCCGUGGCCAUCAAGUACUCCGGACCUGCCGCGCCUCUGGAUGCCUCUGGCAACGUCGAUGACACCGCUGAGGUCAAGGCCGCCAAGGCUAGCUUCAAGGCUGCCUAUGAUGCUGCUGCCGCUGCUGCCGCCGCUGCUCCCGAUGUCAACAUCAUCACUGGCGCUGUCCCCGUUGCCACCUACAGCGCCCCGGCCCCUGCUCCCGUCCACUCGGUCACGUACAGCGCUCCUGCUUCUCACUCGACCUACCUGGCCCCGGCCCCCGUAGCGAUCAAGUACUCCGGACCCGCGGCGCCUCUGGACGCUUCUGGCAACGUCGAUGACACCGCCGAGGUCAAGGCCGCCAAGGCCGCUUUUAGGGCUGCCUACGACGCUGCUGCCGCCGCCGCUGCCGCUGCCCCUGAUGAUGACAGCAUCACCAGCUCUGGACAGGCGACGUCGGCCGGUUACAGCGCCUCGUCCAUCCCCGUCGUCCACAGCACCUACAGCGCCAGCCACGGAAAUAUGCGCACCAUCACUUUCGACGGCAUCACCCUGAUGGUGGCCGAGCCCUAUGGGUCGAGCAAGUUUGGAUACUCCUAUGAAUAAGCUGAUCGGUGCGCACAGUGAUUCAGAAUGUACCAUUCUGUCUGGCAUUAUUAGUGGCUGUGUGUCCGAUCAUCAUGCGCUUGUCUGGGCCUCGUAGGUCUUCGUCCACCGUCCUCCUUGUUAUGUCUCUGUCUUCCCAUGUUCACCCAGAGUCACAUCUUUGUUGACUUUGGAUGUCUUCGUCGGUGUGUACGUGUGUUCGUGUGCUCAUGUGUAACCUGGACAAGUGCACAAAAGAGUGGAUGAAGAUUUGUGUGUUCAUGCUAUUGGAAAUGUGCAGUGUCUUGGUUGCAAUAAUCACAUCAUGAUUUCAUCA